GUGCACGUGGUCAGCUUCGGGGGUUCCGCGGCGCCGUGAGUGGGUCCGGCGGGACUUUCCUCCCUCCUCGAGCGCGCCGGCUGCGCGAUCUCUAAGGACGGGGUGGUGGUGUUGGAUGGGGGUGGGCAGGGGCUGCGGGGGUCACAGGUCAGCCUAGGAUCUGGGGCGCCGCAGGGUCAGAGCCAAGACAUCUGGAAGACAGGGCAGGGAUUUCGGGGCUGCAGAGUUCGGAGGGGAUCGCUGAGGUCCGGGGUCGGUGCCCGCCACCCCGCAGCGCAUGGGCUUCCCCCGCCUGUGGGCCGCACUGCUGAGAAACUGGGGACGGUGGACGGCGCGCCCAGGCCCGCGCGUGCCCGGCCUGCCGCCUAUGGCUGGAAACAAGGUGCCACCAGCGCUGGCCUCACACCAACCGGACAGGAAGGGCCGAGGUGGCUGGGUCUGGGAGGAGACGGAGCAUCCUGCAAAGAGGGUCAAGGGCGGCGAGGAUGAAGAGCCCCCACGCAAGCUGCCAAAGCGAAAAAUUGUGCUGCUCAUGGCCUACUCGGGCAAGGGCUACCACGGCAUGCAGAGGAAUCUGGGGUCCUCCCAGUUCAGGACCAUCGAAGAUGACUUGGUAUCGGCCUUAGUCCAGGCAGGUUGUAUCCCUGAAAACCAUGGCACAGAUAUGAGGAAGAUGUCCUUCCAGCGGUGUGCUCGAACAGACAAGCCUUUGAGGACCUCUGCCUGCUUUUGCCUGUACACUGGCUUCCUCUUCCACUGGGGUGUGUCUGCAGCAGGGCAGGUGGUAUCCCUAAAGGUGUGGCUGAUUGAUGACAUUCUGGACAAGAUCAACAGCCACCUUCCAUCCCACAUUCGGAUUCUGGGAUUGAAGAGGGUCACAGGCGGGUUCAACUCCAAGAACAAGUGUGACGCCAGGACCUACUGCUACAUGCUGCCCACCUUUGCCUUUGCUCACAAGGACCGGGAUGUACAGGACGAGAGCUAUCGCCUGAGUGCAGAGACCCUGCAGCAGGUCAACCGCCUUCUGGCCUGCUACAAAGGCACCCAUAACUUCCAUAACUUCACCUCGCAGAAGGGCCCAAGAGAGCCCAGUGCGCGCCGCUACAUUCUGGAGAUGUACUGCGAAGAGCCCUUCGUACGUGAGGGCCUGGAGUUUGCUGUGAUCAAGGUGAAGGGCCAGAGCUUCAUGAUGCACCAGAUCCGGAAGAUGGUUGGCCUGGUGGUAGCCAUUGUGAAGGGUUAUGCCCCUGAGAGUGUCCUGGAGCGCAGCUGGGGAGAGGAGAAGGUGGAUGUGCCCAAGGCACCCGGGCUUGGCUUAGUCCUGGAGAGGGUUCACUUUGAAAAGUACAAUCAACGCUUUGGCGGUGACGGGCUGCAUGAGCCCCUGGACUGGACGCAGGAGGAAGGGAAGGUGACUGCUUUCAAGGAGCAGUACAUUUACCCUACCAUUGUCAGCACUGAGCGGGAUGAGCGGUCCAUGGCCCAGUGGCUCAAUACUUUGCCGAUCCACAACUUCAGUGGCACUGCACUUGGAGCGGCUGACACAGGUGCCAAGGUCCCCAGUUCCCUGGAGGGCAGUGAAGGGGAUGGAGACACUGACUGAAACUGUAGAUCCUGCCACUGCUGUGUGUGCUGAGGCUGGAAUCUCUGCACCUGCCUGUCACUCAGGACGGGGGGGAGCCAAGAAUUCGGGGGCUGGCUUGUGGAUGUAGCCUGGCUUCAUAACCUCAGGAUAUUAAAUUCUCAUCCCAGGAAUCAGCUGCCGACUUUAGCCCAUGCAUCGUGUGUAUACACCUUAGCAUGAAAGGGCACUUUUUAAAAAAAGUGAUUUUUUUUUUCCUAUUAAAUAUGUUUUGCUUAGUGAAUUA